UUUUGUGAAGAGACGAAGGUUGAGUGGUUGCGACCGCGUUGCCGACCUCGGGGAGCAGUCGGCUUCUUCACGUACAACCCGGGAGUAGGAGAUUCAGAAUCGAAUCUCUUCUCCUUCCCCCUUCGGUUUUUUUGGCUUUGUGAGGAACCUUAUCUUCAAAGACAAUGGCCAGCAAUGUUACCAACAAGACAGAUCCUCGCUCCAUGAACUCCCGUGUAUUCAUUGGAAAUCUCAAUACUCUUGUGGUCAAGAAAUCUGAUGUGGAGGCAAUCUUCUCAAAAUAUGGCAAAAUUGUGGGUUGCUCUGUUCAUAAGGGCUUUGCCUUUGUUCAGUAUGUUAAUGAGAGAAAUGCCCGGGCUGCUGUGGCAGGAGAGGAUGGCAGAAUGAUUGCUGGCCAGGUUUUAGAUAUUAAUCUGGCUGCAGAGCCAAAAGUGAACCGAGGAAAAGCAGGUGUGAAACGAUCUGCAGCGGAGAUGUACGGGUCAGUACCAGAACACCCUUCUCCGUCCCCUCUACUCAGCUCCUCUUUUGACUUGGACUAUGACUUUCAACGGGAUUAUUAUGACAGGAUGUACAGUUACCCAGCACGUGUUCCUCCUCCUCCUCCUAUUGCUCGGGCUGUAGUGCCCUCCAAACGCCAGCGUGUCUCAGGAAACACCUCACGGAGGGGCAAAAGUGGCUUCAAUUCUAAGAGUGGACAGCGAGGAUCUUCUUCCAAGUCUGGAAAGUUGAAAGGAGAUGACCUUCAGACCAUUAAGAAGGAAUUGACCCAGAUAAAACAAAAAGUGGAUUCUCUACUGGAAAGCCUGGAAAAAAUUGAAAAGGAACAGAGCAAACAAGGAGCUGGAGUUGAUCAAGGAUGAUGAAAAAGAGGCUGAGGAAGGAGAGGAUGACAGAGACAGCGCCAAUGGCGAGGAUGACUCUUAAGCACAUAGUGGGGUUUAGAAAUCUUGUCCCAUUAUUUCUUUACCUAGGCGCUUGUCUAAGAUCAAAA